AUGACCUCUUAUGUUCGUAUGUAUGUCGAUGACAUCCUUGUUACUGGUAAUCAGCCCAUGCAUAUUGAUACGCUACUACAACAGCUUGUUUCUGAGUUUUCGAUCAAAGAUCUGGGCCGCUUAAAUUUCUUUUUAGGGAUUGAGGCAACUUACAACUCUGAUGGCCUUACUUUAUCUCAGUCCCGCUACAUUGCUGAUCUUCUCCAACGGGCUGGCAUGUCGGAUUGCAAACCGGUUCUUACACCUAUGACCACUACUUUUAAAACAUCUGCUGCAGGGGGUGUACCUUACUCUAAUCCAACUAAGUACCGGUCGAUAGUUGGUGCAUUACAGUAUAUUACUCUCACUUGUCCAGAUGUAGCUUUCUCUGUGAAUCAUGCCUGCCAAUACAUGCAUAACCCUAUAGAAGACCAUUGGACCAUGGUAAAGCGGAUUUUAUGCUACCUCAAACACACUGUUGAUUAUGGGCUCCAUAUCACCCAGUGCUCAUCUCAAGAUCUCCAAGCUUUCUCUGAUGUCGAUUGA